GCACAAGCUGAUAGCGAUAGUCCUAACCCUGAUUUUUCUUCAGCUUUCUGUACCGCCAGAUGACAAGUAAUGCCGGGGCGCAAGUCGCAAAGAGUGUCACAAGUGCUAUGAUUGUAUCCUUAGACCAAGUCAUUUUAUUGUUCAUAUACCGGUCUUCGUGGUAUAAAAUGCAACAUGAUGAUGGAUCUAUUUGGAGGAACUUUAUGACCGAUAGAACUCAGAUUUUGGCCAGAGGCUACUGAGCCUCGUCAAUAAUGAUGGUCCUGGCCCGGG